CGGGACGACUGACACUCGACUUCAAAGACCACUACUACGAGAGAGCUACGCAACGGCAACGUCUCUCCAUGUCUCCUUUGGCAUUCAUCCUUGCUCUCUUCGGUGGGUUGGCGGUCUCGGCCGCAUCGGAAUCACCCACCGCAGACUGCAAGCUGAGCUUCGACGGACGAGUACCGCUCAGUUCGACGCCGGAAACUUUCUCAUCCGCACAGAGCCUGUUCAAUCCGAAAUAUGUCAUUGGCCAAAACUUGACUUGGGCCAAGAUCAUCGAGUUCCCCGAGCUACCGCCGCCUCGUUUUGACAUUCCGGUCCUGGCAAAGCCUUUGGGUCUCACCCUCACCGACGAGUCUACCUUCCUCUCGGGCUCGGAAGGCGUGGAGACCGCACUCCGCCGGACCGAGCUGCUGGUGAAUAACAAGGACGACACUGUCUCCGGGCACAAGACCUGGCACUUUUCGUUUCGUACAGACCCGUCGCGGCCACUCAACUACUCGCACGAGUACCUGCUCGCCUUCCACGAGGCAGCCGAUUUCCAGGCCGACUUUUGGUCCGUCAAGGCUGGCGCACUGCUCGAAGGCCCUGCUGUGCCCUCCCAAUUCCUCCGCGUCGAGGGCUACAAGUGGGACAUGCCGGUCAAGAAGUUCUUUGAAGCACCGCUGGUCGAUGGUGUAUGGCAUAAUAUGGGGAUUAACCUCGACUUUAACAACAAUAUGAUCUCCGUGCUCUACAGCACAGACGACGCACCCCUCGAGGUAGUCGUCCCGCCAACCUUCAACAACAUCUCCGGCAAGGCACCGACGACCCUAGGAGAGAUGCACUUUGGCCUGCAGAAACGCCCGACGGGGGCUAACCUGGAGAACUUCCUCUUCGAAGGCUACCAGGAGAAGGGCAUCAAUGAGGCGUUCUUCUUUGGCGGGAUAUUCCAGGACGAUUCGUCUACGGGCUGCGUCACUCUAUAAUGUUUGGGAUGUAGAUCAAGUGUAAUAGUAGAUAACUCAUUGUUGAUGUAGCGGUGGGUAUCUCCUUGAUAACUCUGAUAUAUGAGACGUUGUUCAUCUAGAUACGUCUUGGAGCCAGAAACUUCCUCCUUGAACAGUUACCUA